AUGAGCGACACGACACCUGCACCGACCGUGGGAGCUCCAAGCGGUGACCAGGUGGUGAUCGAGCAAGUGGACGCCGCCCCAGAGACCAGCUCGCAGCAACCACCACCGCAGGAAACCGGAGAUGGGCCCCCAGCGGCCGACGAGGCUCCCGCAGAUGCAGCUCCUGCUCCCGCCGAAGUUCCUCAGAACACUCGCCCACCAAAAGGCACUGACCUGGGAAUUCUGGUGACUCCCGCACAAGCAGUAGAACUGCAUCGCCGUGCCGAGGAAAUAAAAAAUGGAUACGCGCUCUUGGCGAUGAAACGACUUGAAAAUGUCUUUGCGGGAAUGGACACUGAAGAUGCAGACGGUGCCGAGCAGCAGGAGGGCGAUGAGACCGUCAACAUGCAACUGGAAGAAGAAAAACUGAACGCCGCUCUAGCUUCGUAUCAAACGCACUUGGGAGAAGUCGGCAUUCAGAGUGGAACUCCUGAAUACGAUGCCGCGAUGGUUGCUUUGGGAAUGUCGGGAGCUGAGGAAGAGGAGGAACCCGAAGCUGCUGCGGCGCCUGAAGUGACGCCAACCGUGGAGCCGGCCGUCAAAUUGGUGGUGGAGGAGAAACCUUUGCCGUAUCACGACGUGUGGAAGGAUGGGAAUGGACCUGCUGAACAGAGACGAACUGCGAUAACCCAGGAAGCACCUGCGCCGACUGAGGAUGUGGCAACCGACACAGCUGCCCCGGCCGUGGAAGCCGUCAGCGUAUCAGCGGAGCCGACGCCGGUCGCUGAUGUCAAGGUGGAGGCCAAGAACGUAGCGGAGGAAGAACCGGAACAGAAACCAACAACACCAGCCGCUCCGGCGAAGGCUGCGUCGAAGAAGCUGCCUCCUGUGGUUCGUCCUGUGCGUGGUGGCCGGGCUGGUGCUGGAGCCAGUAGACAGCAGUUGGCACCGAAGCAAGCUCUGGCUCCUCGUACGCUGGCGUUAAACUUUAGCAGUUUUGGUGCGGGCCUCCCAGGCGAUGGGCUCAAAGCAGGCCAGACAGCAGCUAAGCCAGCGUUCAGCGGUCCAUCGGGAAAUGCCUUGAUUGCCAACUUUGUGCCGCACGCUAUCCAGAGUGCCAUCAGUCAGAUCCCAGCAGAUGCCAAUGUAUUACGCGGAAUACACCCGACCGCCUCUACCACCCGCGCUCACUAUCAGCCCGGCAACGGAGCCUCUCCUUUGACGAAUUUCGGUGGAGGGCCAGCAAUGCGAAUCGGAGGCGCGCCGGGUGGGAUGGUAGUCGCCGCCGCACCCGGUUCCAACAUUGGAAAAUUCAACUGGCACUCUUCCCAACAGUCCCAGUCGCAAUACGAACAAUCCCGGAAACGUGCGAGUGUUCCUUAUACGGCGGGGUUGGGCACGGGUUUGGCGCCAGGGGGUCAACGAGCGCGCAGCGGGAAUUCACCGAACGCGGAUUCUAGUAUUCCCAGAAAUACGUCUCGACCGUUUGGGGCGGAUGCGGCGGUUGGAGCGGGGCAGCCGCAAAUGCCGUCGCCCGCUGAUGGGCAGCUGCCACCGUUGAAAAGCGCGGGCGGCAUGAAGAUUACGUUGCAAGCUGGGGCUGCUAUGCGUCGGACGAACAACAUUCAUUGA